CCACACUACAGUUACAGAUGUUUGGAGAACGGUGAUGUGGAAUUGUUUGGAAUGCAUGAAAAAAGUGCCAUUCAAGUAGAUAGCUCGCCUAACUGUACCUCCAAACCGAAUCCAAAAACAAAGGUUCACUUGAUAAACGCCACUUGUUUGAAUGGUAAAGAAAAUGCCACAAUUAGUGUUUACGACAAUAUGUUGGAUGGUGUUUAUCAGAUCCCUUUAACUCCACACCCUACCGUUGCCCAUGAUGUUGUUGGGGGACACACUGGACAUCAAUUUGUUAUCACCUGCAAAGACAUUCCAAACCAGGGUAUUAGUAAAACGGUGGCACAUGUGUUUCAAGGAAGGGUUUACAAUCAGCUUCCAGACAACUACAAAGAAGUCUCUCCUGUUGAGAUGCGUUUUAAAGCAGUCAAUGAUCUUUCUGCUCCCGACAUCAGCAGCGUCUACAUUGGAGAUGAAUUCUACAUGUUCAUCAAAUACAUGGGAGUGCAAAACUAUUCGGUUAUUCCUGAGACAUGUACAGCCUUUGGGGAAACGUGGAUUUCAAAAGGACUUAAAACUAAUCAAACUAAUUCGGUGGAGUUGUGGAAUAUUCAAAAAUAUAAUGACCAGAGCUGUGCUAAACACAAAGAACUCCUAGAAGGAUUUUACACGUACAAUAAAACCCUCAUUUAUACAAAGAUGUUUGGGUUCCGAUUUGCAGGAAAAGACAAGGGCUUUGUUACUAUUGCAUGUCAUGUAAAGAUAUAUAAUAACAUCACCGUUAGUGGGAAUAAAAAUUUGUGUAUGAGAAUUCCUACAGUUCGCAAAAAGCGGCACAUUGAAAAUGCACCCUUCCAAACCAGAACUUUGACCAAGAAACUUCAGGUCUUUGACAAUAAGAAUGUUCAUCUUGCUGAAAAUAACGGCCUGCGAAUCAAAUGGGACACUAUUCUGUGGAUGACGAUUUUUGCAGCAGUUACUCAGCAACCCUGAUGGACAGAUUCCUAAUUAUUACUCUGUGAUUUUCGUUUCAAAUUUUGUUUACUUACACAUACUAUGUAUAUUGUAUAUUCCAGUU